CGGUCAAGCCGGUGACUGACUUGCUCCGUACAGCUGUCCCACCAAUUAAGCCACAUUGAGCCACCUGGUCGGUGUCGGUGUGCGAGUUCGUCCUCUGUUCUUUUUUCAGCCAGCCUCAAAGCAACGCCUUGCCUUCUCUUCGCAUAUGGCAUUGUCUUGCUUCCUCUUUCUGUUUUGCGACGCCUUUCUUUCUUUUUGAUGUAUAUGUACUAGCAAUCUCUCUUCACAGGGCUUGUCCUCCCCUUCUUCUCCGUCCUCUUUAUCCCGUGCCCCGCCCCUUUGUCCUGCUCGUCGAAACCCCCACCCCCAGUGCUCGAGGCCUUGAAGCCACCAGGACAGCGUCCGACAACCCGAAAGCCUCGUUCCAAAGAAAGACAAAAAGACAAAGUCGAGCCCGACCUCACCUUCGCCUCGAGUCCCGGCAGUUACCGGCCAACGUAGCCGCCAUGGCCCUGGGCUACCUCUACAACUUCCUCGUGGGCUACGUCGGUCUCACCGUUGGCCUCUACAUGCUGUCCUUCGUAGUCCCGCGGGCGGCCUUCGUCGCCCGCAUCCUUGCGUCCUACAUAUCGCUGAUCAUCUGCGCCCUCUACGGCGUCUUCGCCUCCAUCUUCCUCCGCCUCGUCGGCGAGCCGGGCAUCUCGCAAUGGGCCGUUGGCCGGAGCUUCAAGCACGCCAUGCUCCUCACCGCGGGUGUCACCUUCGAGAUGGACGACCCGAAGAACAUCCUCGACACCACCCGCCCGGCCGUCUUCGUCGGCAACCACCAGACCGAGCUCGACGUCCUCAUGCUCGGCUGCCUCUUCCCCAAAUACUGCAGCGUCACCGCCAAGGCCUCGCUCCGCAACAUACCUUUCCUCGGCUGGUUCAUGUCCCUCAGCGGCACCAUCUUCCUCGACCGCAAGAACGCCAAGGACGCCCGCGAUGCCAUGGCUGGUGCCGCCAGCCAGAUCAGGGAGCGGCGCCAGAGCGUCUACAUGUUCCCCGAGGGCACCCGCAGCUACGCCAAGGAUCCUAUCCUCCUCCCCUUCAAGAAGGGCGCGUUCCAUCUCGCCGUCCAGGCUGGCGUUCCCAUCGUCCCUUGCGUCGUUGCCAACUAUAGUCACGUUCUCUGGGUUAAGGGCCUCGUUUUUAACUCUGGACGCAUCCCCGUCAAAGUCUUGGAUCCCAUCCCCACCACUGGUCUUACCGCCGCCGAUGUCGACGCGCUGACAAACACAACACGGGAAUUGAUGCUGAAAGAGUUGGUUGCCUUGACCGAGAAAGCACAGGGCCGUCCCAUGGCCGUGCCUGCUGCCAACAGCACCACAUAGGGCACACCGGUCGCAUAGACCGCAUAGGUCACUUCAACAAGCGAGGUCGGUCAAAUUCCGACCGCGUCAUGUUAGUAAAGAAUGUUCCCAAGGCGUUGGCAGGGGGGGCACGGCGGCAUAGCUCGAAAGUCGGGCAUGAGCAUGAUAUGGGCAUCUUGAUACCCCUAUAGAGGAUGCUUUCUCUCUUCCAGUCUCUGGCGGCAAAUGAGGGGUGACUUUUUCUCCCGACUUGUCAUCCAUGACAGUUUUUUUGGCGAAGAGCGUAGAAUCUUAGGUGGUUUGAUAUUACGUAGCCUUUUGAAUACAUUUCUAGUUUGAUGGAUG